AUUUUUAUUUUCUAAUUGUUUUAAAUGGAUAUUCUUACAGAGAUAAUAGAACUUCUAGAAUUCGACCUUUUAAGCUGUAAUUGUUUUUUAGUAUAAUCUUUCCCAAAUUCUUUUUAGUUCCAUAUGAGAGAAUCGUUUUCCUCGAAUUCUUGAUUGUCGAACAAGUUGACUAAUUGUUUAAAAAAAAAAAAAAAGACUGCACCCUCCAAGCUUCUUUAUUGUCUUCGGUUUUGAGGUGUUUGGCUCUUUGGUUUGGAGAACAUUCUUUUCAACUCACUUCAGGAACUGUUCAUUUCAUCUUUUUUUAUAAUUUUUCAGUCUCUUUCAUUUUCUGUUUUGAACCGUCCGUUCAACUGAUUUCAUUAUAUUUUUGGGUUGGUUUAAUUCAGUUAUGUACGUCCGUUUAUUGAUGGCCGUACUUGUGUUUAUGGCUUUAUGCUCACAAGCAUCCGUUGAAAAGCACAUUAGAUGAAUUUAACCUUUUCCAUUAUGAGCCCAUUGUUUGUUCUUUUCGUUUUUUCUUUUCUUAUGGUUGACUUUCCGUUGGUGUGAAAAUUAAUUAUUUUCUUAUAAGUAUAUGUUGUUUAUUUUUAUGCUCUGUUUUCGUGUAUAUUAUGUUUAGGUCACUGACAAAUUCAUUGUCAGGAUGUUGGAAAAGAUGGAAAGUGUCAAUGUAGAUCAAGUGAUAGAGGAAUUUGAAACAAUCACAAAAGAUGCCGAGAAGAUUCAGAGAGAGACCCUGAAAAGGAUUUUGGAAGAAAAUGGAUCUGCUGAAUACUUGCAAAAUCUUGGUCUCAAUGGAAGAACAGACCCUGAAAGUUAUAAGGCCUGUGUUCCACUUGUUUCUCAUCCAGACCUGGAGCCUUAUAUUAGACGAAUUGCUGACGGAGAUAAUUCACGUAUCCUCACUGGCAAGGCCAUAACAGCUUUGUCAAUAAGUACUGGAACGACUCAAGGAAAGCCUAAAUUAAUACCCUUUAAUGAUGAGUUGAUGGAAAACACCAUGCAGAUAUUUCGGACUUCUUUUGCCUUUAGAAACAAAGAGUUUCCUCUUGGAAAUGGGAAAGCCUUACAGUUUAUAUAUGGCAGAAGCCCUGUCAUGACAAAAGGGGGACUAAGAGUAGGACCUGCUACUGCACAUGUCUACGGCAAUUCAAAGUUUAAAAGUGGAAUGAAGUCAAUGCAGACGCCAUAUUGCAGCCCUGAUGAAGUAAUAUUUGGUCCUGAUUACCAGCAAUCCUUGUAUUGCCAUCUCCUAUGUGGCCUAAUCUUUUGCGAAGAAAUUCAGCUUGUGUCCUCAACCUUUGCCCAUGGUAUUGUCCAAGCUUUCCGGACAUUUGAACUAGUAUGGGAAGAGCUAUGUGCUGACAUACAGGAAGGUGUCCUCUCAAGCCGAGUCACUACCCCUUCAAUCCGUGCAUCUAUGUCCAAAAUACUGAAGCCAAAUCCUGAGUUGGCUGAUUUGAUUCAUAGAAGAUGCUUAAGAUUGAGUAAUUGGUAUGGUUUGAUACCAACACUCUUUCCUAAUGCAAAAUACAUCUAUGGGAUAUUGACUGGGUCAAUGGAGCAUUAUCUGAAAAAGUUGAGGCACUAUGCUGGGGAGCUGCAUCUUGUGUGUGCUGAUUAUGGUGCUUCUGAAGGAUGGAUUGGAGUAAAUGUAAAUCCAAGUUUGCCUCCUGAGUCAGCUACUUAUGCUGUGCUUCCUAAUAUAGGUUAUUAUGAAUUCCUCCCUCUUCGACAGAAUGUUGAGGAUCAGGUACUCUGCCUGGAGCCCAAGCCAGUGGGCUUGACUGAUGUCACGGUCGGCGAAGAGUAUGAAAUAAUCACCACCAAUUUUGCAGGAUUGUAUCGUUAUCAACUGGGAGAUGUGGUGAAGGUUAUGGGCUUCCAUAACUCAACCCCAGAACUCAAGUUUGUUUGCAGGAAGAACCUGUUGCUCAGCAUUGCCCUAGACAAGGCCACUGAAAAAGACUUGCAGCUAUCUGUAGAAAGUGCAGCCAAGUUGUUAGCUGAAGAAAAACUUGAAGUUAUUGACUUCACAAGCCAUGCUGAUGUAUCGACAGAUCCUGGUCACUACAUAAUUUUCUGGGAAAUUAGUGGUGACGCCAGUGAAGAAGUCUUGAAAGAAUGUUGCAAUUGUUUGGACCAAUCUUUCCUCGAUGGAGGCUAUUUUACUUCACGCAAGACUAAUGUCAUAGGACCUCUUGAGCUCCGAGUUGUUCACAAGGGAACAUUCCAGAAAAUCCUAGAUCACCAUGUUUCGUUAGGCUCUGCUCCUAAUCAGUUUAAAACCCCAAGGUGUGUAGGAACUGUGAACAAUGCAGUGUUGCAAAUCUUAACAAACAAUGUUGCUAAGAAGUACUUUAGUUCUGUUUUGUGGUGAAUGUAGGAAAUGAAACUUUGAUUUGUUCAUGCUUUUCUAUAGAAUAAUACAAACUGAUAUGUCUCUCUUGUUUCA